AUGAUUGGGUAUAAAAAGAGCCUUUCAGAGUGGCACUGUCUCUCAGAAGUUAAUAAUAAUGGACACCUCACAUUUAACCAGCCUUCAUCACAAUUUGUUCCCUACUCAUUCCCUGCUAGAGGAAGCCAAGAUAUAAUUGCUGGUCUCUGGACUGAUCUUGACAACCGUCAGAGAGGUGUAGUUUCAUAUCAUCAGUACACCAGUGGAAAUGUUCUCACACGCGCCACUCAGGAUAUAAACACACAUUUCCCAAAUCUGAACUUCACUGCUUCUUGGGUCUUUGUUGCAACUUGGGAUAAGGUCGCUUACUUCAGCUUAACCAACACAGAAACAUCCUUUCAAGUGAUUUUAAUUGCAGACAGCCAUUUUUCAUUUAUUCUGAUGAAUUAUGGUGAAAUUGCUGUAACAGGACAUCCAGUGCAGGCUGGUUAUGACACAAUAAACUCCACACACUACAUAGUGAUCAAUGGAUCAAUCAAUGGCAGCUCCAUCUCAAACCUCAGGAACUCCAGUAAUGUCGGUGUUUCAGGACGAUGGGCCUUCAGGGUGGAUGGUGGACUACAAAUUUCUGAAGUAAACCCCACAUCGUCAACCACCACAGUCUCAACAGCCAUUCUCCCAGUGACUGCAAAGCCAGCACCAGCAAUAUUCUACCCAUUCGGCUCAACAGUAGGAGACAAAAGCAAUCCUCUUGAUGAUGAUGGGAGCUCUUCAGUUAUUCAGCUGUUGAGUCCAUUUCUGUUCUUUGGCCGCACAUACCAGCAGAUUUAUGUUAAUAACAAUGGACAUCUCACAUUUGACAAGCCUUCAUCACUAUAUACUCCUUACUCAUUUCCUGCUAAUAGAAGCCAAGAUAUAAUUGCAGGUCUCUGGACAAACCUUAACAACAAUGUGAGAGGUGUCAUUUCAUACCAGCAGUACACUGACGGAAAUGUACUUACACGUGCCUCUCAGGAUAUAAACACACAUUUCCCAAAUCUGACUUCCAACGCUUCUUGGGUCUUUGUAGCAACUUGGGAUAAAGUCGCUUACUUCAACUUUAGCAGUACAGAGACAUCUUUUCAAGUGGUUUUAAUUUCAGAUGGAAAUUUUUCAUUUAUUCUGAUGAAUUAUGGUGACAUUGCUGUAACAGGACAUCCAGUGCAGGCUGGUUAUGACACAGUAAACUCCACAGACUACUUUGUGAUUCCUGGAUCAAACGAUGGGAGCAUCAUCUCAAACCUCAGGAACUCCAGUAAUGUUAAUGUUACAGGCCGAUGGGUCUUCAGGGUGGACAGUGGACAACACAACAUCUCUAAAGAAACAGCCACCACAAACUCAACAGUCAUUGGAUUUCGAGUGAGACUUAAAUCAUUUCUUGACCUAACAAACAGUACAAACACCAAUACAUUUUUACAGCAAAUAAAAUGGGAAAUGGUCAAGUACGGUCUGCCAAACAGCAUCGAGUUGAAAUUAAGAAAAGUGCAAAGGAUAAAUCCAUAAUACCGGUCUCCUUCAGGAAAAGAAAUAAAACCGGUUACUAUCUUAACUGUGCUCAGCGAAUAUCCCAGUGAUCAUGUACAGAUUUAAAGACACCAGUUUUCAUUAAACACCACAUCAGCCAGUCUACAUUUCUGUAUUAAUCAGCACUGAUUUUGAUACAGCCUUCAUGUAGCUGUAAAAAUGUAAAAAGUUCAGUUCCCAGGUAAUGCAUGAACUGAAAAAAUAUCACUUGAAUGCAAUGUACCGUAAGUUUCUUUUGAACAAAAGCUUCUGUUUAAUGCAUUAAUUCAAUAUACCAUAUAUACUAUAUAUA